UUCUGCUACUAAAACGAGCCUUCCCCAGAAACAGAGCUCUAGGCAAGCAAAAGAGAGAGCAUGGAAAUCAAGUCCAACUACAAGGAAGAAGCACCAGAGGCAAUCAUGUGGUCCCAGAAAGCAUGGGCCCUACUAUCCACAGUUCGAUCCCAAUCACCGCUCAUCCAAUGCAUCACAAACUUCGUGUCAAUGGAUCUGAUGGCCAACACUCUCUUGUCCGCGGGUGCAUCACCCGCCAUGCUCCACACCUUAGAAGAGCUCCCGGACUUCACGCCUCAGAUCCACGCGCUCUGCGUCAACGUGGGCACACUUUCCGCCGGCUGGCUACCGGCCAUGAAGCUUGCCGCUGAACUGGCACAUAAGUCCGGUAAGCCUUGGGUUCUCGACCCAGUUGCCGCCGGUGCCUCCAGUUUCCGGUUAAAGGCUUGCUUGGAGCUUGUGGAGCUUAAGCCUACUGUUAUCAGGGGGAAUGGGUCCGAGAUUAUCGCCCUCGCCAAGGGUUCUGUGGAACCCACCAAGGGUGUAGACAGUUCCCAUGAGUCAACAGAUGCAGUAGAGUCAGCAAAGUCCCUGGCUCAAGCCAGUGGUGCCAUAGUGGCAGUUUCUGGAGCUGUUGAUAUUGUUACCGAUGGGAAGAGAGUUGUUGGUGCUCACAAUGGGGUUGCCAUGAUGACAAAGAUAACAGCAACAGGGUGUUCAGUCACUGCCCUCAUUGCUGCCUUUAUUUCGGUUGAUCAAUCACAUGUAUUGGAAGCUACAGCUUCGGCGUUAUCGGUAUUUGGGAUUGCUGGUGAGAUGGGAAUGAAAAUGGCAAAUGGUCCAGCGUCAUUGCGGAUGCAUUUGAUAGAUUCACUCUACGGGAUCGAUGAAGCGUGUGUGUUUUCUCAUGCUAAAAUCACCAGCUUGUCGUGAACGACAAGGAGUUGUAUGUGUGGUAUGUUACUUACCAUUAGACCUGUUUUGUGUGUUUUUCUUUUUUGUAGAUUUGCCAUAUGUUGAGCAAUUACAUGAAUGACGAAUAACAUAUACUUUGUUCUUGGAAGUAGAGUUCCUGAGUCAUUUACAGGCAAGUACAAUAGUAAUUGGAAGCAUUCCCUUGUAAACUGAACUUUGUUUCACUUAUGAUUUUUUUCCCCUGUA